AUGGCGGCAGAGACUUUCCCGCUCUUCACCUAUCUCCCCGCAGAAUUACGCUGUCGCAUAUGGAACUUGGCCCUCCCAGGUCCGCGAAUUGUCUACGUACAGAGACGCCUCACAUCGGGUCUCGACGCGGUAGAGGGAUAUACUCUCGCGAGUGAUGACGGCCCUCUCGAGGCGACGUAUUUUAUAUCGCCAUCCUCGAGCUAUCCAAUUGCAUCGAUGACACAGACGUGUAAAGAGUCUCGCUUCGUGGCCACGAAACAUUACACACUCCUGUUCCCGGCAUCCUCGACUUGGUUCUCCUUCUCAGCAGAUUUCCUGCAUCUCGACUUUGGCCGCUCGCCCUACGUGAUGGACUAUGACCCUAGGCAUUUUGACAGAUCUAUCCCCCAACCACCGCUCACGCCUGCUAACCUGAAGUCAUCUCGAUACUCAUGUCCGGCAUUUGACACGCGGUUGGCCACAAAGGUGAAGAAUCUGGCAAUAAACAACUCCAGUUAUAUGCGAGCCGUUCCUAUUCGCUGUAUUCGGGGGGCGGCUUUACGUGGGCCGACGUGGUGGCAUCGGUCAUGGAUCGCUUCUGUGGAGUGGAAACCUUUGUUAUAG